GCGAGAUGGAGUACCGCAGCUCCUCAAAGCCGCAGCUGUCUUCACGCGCUAACGCCUUCUCCAUCGCCGCGCUCAUGUCCAGCGGCAAGCCGAGCAAGGACAAGGACGGCGCGGACAGCACCAUCAAGCCACUCGAGCAGUUCGUGGAGAAGUCGCCGUGCAGCCAGCAGCCCCUCUCGGACCUCUCCUCUUCAUCAUCAUCGUCCUCGUCGUUGUCCUCCUCUUCGUCCUCGUCGUCUUCGUCAUUGGACGUCCUGCAACCGCUGGCGGGAGAGCUGGUCGGGAGCGCGCCGCUGUCGGCCGUGGGGGCGUGCACGGAGCCUCUCAUCCCCACCAGCCCGCCGCCGCCGUGCAGCGAGGAGAUGGCCAACAUCUCGUGUAGCCUCGAGACCAAAGAACUCUGGGACAAGUUCCACGAGCUCGGCACCGAGAUGAUCAUCACCAAGUCGGGAAGGCGGAUGUUCCCGACCAUCCGUGUGUCAUUUUCGGGUGUGGAGCAAGAGUGCAAGUACAUCGUAUUGAUGGACAUCGUCCCGGUGGACAACAAGCGCUACAGAUACGCUUACCACAGAUCCUCGUGGCUGGUUGCCGGCAAGGCUGAUCCUCCUCUACCUGCCAGGUUGUACGUCCAUCCCGACUCUCCGUUCAGCGGUGAGCAACUGAUGAAGCAAAUGGUUUCUUUCGAGAAGGUCAAACUGACCAACAACGAGCUCGACCAGCACGGACACAUCAUCCUGAACUCCAUGCACAAGUACCAGCCUCGGGUUCACAUUAUCAAGAAGAAGGAGCACACGGCCUCCCUGCUCAACUUCAAGUCGGAGGAAUUCCGCACCUUCGUCUUUGUAGAAACCGUCUUCACCGCAGUCACCGCGUACCAGAACCAGUUGAUCACCAAGCUGAAGAUCGAUAGUAACCCCUUCGCCAAAGGAUUUCGUGAUUCAUCGCGGCUGACGGACAUGGAGAGGGAAAGUGUGGAGAAUCUGAUCCACAAGCACUCGUACGCCCGCUCCCCCAUCAGAACAUACGCCGGAGACGACGACCACAUGCCCGACGACGGGCACCCGCCACACGCCAGAGGCUCAGCGUUCACGGCCUCGGACAACCUGUCACUGAGCUCGUGGGUGAGCGGCGGCGCGUCUGCGGGCUUCUCGGGCUUUCAGCCCCCUCCGUCGUUAUCCGCCAUGGGGCCGGGCGGAGCCGCCUCCCUGCCGCACCCCAUCCAAGGCUCGCUGCCCCCCUACGGCCGUCUGGGUGUGCCGCUGACCCCCGGCGCCCUGCAGGCCGGCGGCCCGUCCUUCCCGUCAUUCCACAUGCCGCGCUACCACCACUACUUCCAGCAAGGGCCCUACGCCGCCAUCCAGGGCCUGCGCCACUCCUCCGCCGUCAUGACGCCCUUCGUAUGACUCCUCCCCUUCCCAAAUCUCGGACCAUCUCACUCUCAACUUGUGUAAAUAGAUCACCCACCCCGGAAACUAGAACGAAAGGAUGAAAGAGACGCCAAGAAAGUCCACGAGAGGAAAAUCCUGGCGCCAAAGGACCAGAAAGCGGAGUCACCCAUGUUGUCAACCAAAAAAAAAAAAAAUAGUGGCGCCAAGGUGACCGUUAAACCGCAAUCAAGCUUAGAUGGUCAGAGACAUGAUGCAACAUUGGACAAAGGACCACAAUGACAAGAAAAUAAGAAUAAUUGUACUACCAGAAUAAACAUCGAGGAAAGGUUAGCGAUUUAAAAAGUGAGAGACUUUAGAAAAAAAGUCUGAUUUUUACUUUAAUCUCUCAGUGGUACAGCUACCCCGCCCCCAAACAAAAACAAAUAUUGCACAGUUUUUUCUCAUGUAGUGACAACCUUAUAUUUUGAAAAAAAAGACAUUUUGCUUGACAAUAAUUUUUGCAGAAUCCUUUGUCAAAAAAAGACCUUGUUUCUCUCCCCAAAAUGAUGUAUUUUGUUGUUUUGUUUAGUUUGUUCCACAAUUUUUUUUCUCCCCCCCAAAAUCCCUCUGAUUGUAAAAUUGUUCUUUUUUUUCGUAUGAUCAUCACUUUCUUUGAAUUGAAAAAAAAGUAACAUCAAGAUGAAGACUUUUCACCCCAAAAUGAGACUGAGUUAUCUAAUAGGAUUCAUUUUUCCACCCUUAAAAUUAAGACUUUUUACCAAAAAUAAGAUUUCGCCAUUUCAAAAAGAAAAAAAAAAUUUCCUCAAAAAAAAUCCUCUGAAUGAAUAGUUGAACCAAAAAAAAGACCUUUUUCCUUGAAAAAAUAUUCCCAAACUCUUUUUUUUCACAAGAUUGACUUUUUUUUAAAUAAUUGAUUUCUUCGAUCUUCACGUUUUUCACACAUACUAAGACCUAAAAGAAAUACUUAAAUCUAAAAAUAAGAUGUAUUUUCUCAUAAGAUUCCAAAAACUUAUCUUCUAACUUCACAAUGUCUCUCAACUUAAUUCUCGUACGAUUCAGACUUUAUUCUUGUACUAUAAUCUUUUUUUUUUCUUUUCAAUGUGGUCCUUUGUCAACGAGAAACUGGAACUCGAAGAAAACUCCAAGGAUCGUCCAGGACCAAAAAGCUGAUUCGUCAAUCUCGUAAAAGUCUCCUGAGAGCUGGACGAUUUAAAAAAAAAAAAAAAAAAAAAGACAAAAGAAAAAGAAAAGUUUGGAUUAUCGUUGGAACUCAGAGGCAACCGGAAACAUUUGACGGAGACUUGAUGUCAACAUGGUUCCAACACAUGUACAGUCAUAAGUCAAUUGAAAAAAUGGAUGGAAGAGCUAAAGUGGCUCACUCAACAGACAAAUAAACACGAGCACGCAUGCUGGACCAAAACAUAUAAAGAAGGAAAAAAAAAUCGCUUUGAGUUGUUGAAUUUCACGUUAAAAACAACAACGUAAACUUCUUGGCUUGUUACCAUAAGCGAAUUGGCUACAUUUUUUUUUUUUGCGGUUUCAUUGAAAGGGAUAAGCAAGAUGUUUCUGUCUUCCUGGAAAUUAUCAUCAUUAUUUGAUUUUGAGGACAGUGGAUAUGAAUAGUCUACAUACCCCAAUUCGAAUGCCAGGUUUUUUUUGUUGUUUUUUUUUGGGGGUGACACCCAAAAAAAUAAUAAUUUCACUUUCUUAAUCCUCUCAGUUGAAACGUUAAUCUUUUUGUGAGAGACAGUAAACAUAAACAAUGAGAUAAUGUGGUUGCACAAGUGUGCACACCCUCUUAUAACUGGCAUGUGACAAUGGUCAGACAACCAGUAGCAUUGAAACUCUUGUUAAAUGGGAUUUUAUGGAAAUAUCAUCAUUUCAGUGAUAUGGUAAGAGGAUAACUUCAUUUUUAGUUGACUUUCUCCACAAAACUGAGAUCAUCUUUUUUUUUUCUCACUGAAAAUUUCUGAAAUCAUUUUCAAGGACGUCUUCCUUCAUUUAACAUAUAUACAGUAAUAUUUAACGACGAGUAUGAAUGUGUUGUAAAAAAAAAUGUUUUCCUUGUCCAGGCCAGUUGCAUAUUUAUUUGGUUUCCAUGAAUGUAAAAUGUACAAAUGACACACUUGUUUAUCUGUUGUCAUCUGAGCACCAAACAGUCCUGCAGUUUGUUGAAUUUGUUUUUUUAAGUGCAAUAUAUUUAUUUUGUUGUCUGAAAAUGUCUAAUGUAUCACCUUGAAAAAUAUAUAUCACCACCCAAAUGCUGACUUUUUAUUCCCUUGCCUUUUGCACACUGCAUGUGAUGAACACAUCUACUUAUUUUUCAUGAAACAUAUAAAAUGUGAUUAUUAAAGUUAUGGGGUUGAU